UAUGCUAUAGGGUCAAUGUAAGGUUAGUGGGAUAAACCUCACAUGACGAAUUAAUAUUCUAGUACUGAGAGAAAACAACAUAUCGUCUGUUAUAUGUCCUCGAAUUUCAAUAUGACGUAGAAAAUGAUGAUGGAUUUUGAAAAUAACCCACGAAUACUUCACAUUUUCCCUUGGAUUGUAUCAGUUUCCUUGCCAGCAUGUGUGUCGGCGAGCAAGAAAGGUUUCGGAGCUUACUGUUAUGCCUACUGCAACACUACAGAUCACUUCGUGGAGACAUUCCAGUGUCCAGUCUACUGUUGUGGAAAUGAACUGAAUAAAUAUUGCUGUAGGAAGUACUUCAAGGCCUUUGGUGAUUAUGAAGGAUAUUCGAACACAGGAUGUGCGUCAUCAAUGCAAUAUCUAACAUGGAUAUGGAUUGCCCUUGGAGUGAUCAUUGGCCUCAUCCUUGUCAGCCUGUUGUCUGCGCUAUGCAUGGCGUUAGUUAAUUAUAAAAAGAAUGGCAAAGUGACAACCACAACUACAGUGUCGUCCGGAGCUCUUUCUAACCGCACACCAAACCUUCCCCAAAACAGACCUGCUGCAGCGAGUCCACCCGCAGGAGAAAUAUCCACCAUAGCAUACGUGGAGGAGUGCCCGCGGUACUCCCCGAGAUACUCCAAUACAUACCACGAUGCGUUUAGUACGGAACCACCAAAACCACCACCAUAUGCGGAGGUAGCGGAUCUACCGCGCUAUUCCAGUUUGGGACACUAUCCAGAUGAAACUUUCCAGUCUCCACCGAGUUAUGCACUUAACAACCAGGAGCAGCCGGUUAUCUUAGACAAUCGAGGGAACGCCAGUCGACAGGGAAACAGCCGUGCUAGUAAUACUAGUAGGCCUACAUCAACUAGGUCGUCAGUCAUCCACGUUGCGCCAGCCGCAGAUAGGAACGAUACGUCAUGAAUGACGUCAAUACGUUGACUCCUUGGAGCCAAAAACAAUCCAUACCCGAUCAUACGUGUAGUGUUCAUGUAUUUUUAGACCUCUGUAUAAACCAAUUCUCAGCCAGUAAAGAUAUACCUCGUUCACUCCCAAGCAUUAUUGGUGAUUAAGUCGUUUUGUUCAGUUUAUCUUAUUAGCACAGAGUAAAAGCUAAGCUGCAUACAUCUGUGGAUGUAUCAUGAACUAUUGCUCUAUACGGCCCGAUUUAGAGUUUUCGUCACAGUAGUUGUUGAGAGUGAGUGAGUUCGCCUUUGCUGACAUUCCGCUACAAAGGGAGAUGAAAAACAGAAUUGAUGUUAUCAAAAAGGUAUAUAUAAUGAAUGUUCAUUUUUGUCCAGUACCACCUAGGAAAAUAUGGAAUGUUCUUAAAGAGGAAAGUGACUGUAAAAAAUUCUUGGAUACACUGUCUGUAUAUAUUAUUUUGUGUAAAAAGGAAUGACGUUUUUGCCUGUAUAUAUAAAGUACUGUCGUAAAUAAAUCAAAAUGCUACAUUGUAACAACAAAAUCCGGUUCAAUAUCGCGCUUAAUUACUUUCAACUGGUUUAGAUAACAAAUGCAUUAUCAACAAGUCUUCAUCGAUGC